UGAUAGUUUGUAGUAACGUUUUCUGUAGUUUGACUAGGAAAUAGGCAUGUGUUUCUUUUUCUUUGGAAAAAACGGUGGUAGAUCGUUUGUUUAACUGCAUUUAAAGAUUCUCCGACGCUUGCUCACGUCUCUAAGAGAGCUUUCGUGACGCUCACGUGAAUGAAAAUAGACACCGAUGAUGGCAGUCGGGCAAGACGUUGACCGAAACUUCUAGCCUCAGUCAUUUCCUUCGCAACUGCAGUCGACGUCUAGCGGAAGAUUUUCCAGCCAGUGGUAUUAAGAAGUUCUUCUCCUUAAGGCAAAUGGGACGAAAAGUCGUCAAGGAUCCGGAGUCGAAGGAAAGGCUUUUGGGCGAUCCUCGAUCCAUACAGAACGAACCGGUAGACAAGUUCCAUGUGGUGUAUCUCAUCAUGGUUAUUCAAGGAGUUGGGACUCUGCUGCCAUGGAACAUGUUUAUCACUGCUCAUGCAUAUUUUCAAGAAAAACUGAAGAAAGAUGAAGACCUGAAGCACAGCUUUGAAAAUUACUUCUCAGUGGCAGCUAUGGUUCCUAAUGUUCUUAUGUUCUUGCUAAACACUCUUUUUAAACACAAGGUUUCUCUUCAGGUCAGAAUGCUCACAUCAGUUUGUAUUAUGACGCUGUGCUUUGUAGUGACAACAGUCCUUGUCGUCAUUGAUACAUCAAAUUGGACAACAGAUUUCUUUUAUAUCACCAUUGGAACAAUUGUCCUAAUUAACAUGACCAGUGCAGUCUAUCAGGGUGGACUGUUUGGCGUGUGUGGAAUGAUGCCGCAAAGAUACACUGGAGCUGUUAUGACUGGCCAGGGUGUUGGGGGCGCAUUUGCAGCUUUGGCAAGUAUUUUCUCUCUUCUAGGAGGAAAGGAUGCCAUAAGCAGUGGUUUUGGUUACUUCAUGUCGGCAGUUAUUGUGUUAACUUUCUGUCUUGUGACAUACAUCUUGCUGCAUAGGAUGAAAUUUGCCAGACAUUACAUUUCACCACAUGACCAAAGAAGUGAGAUAAAAUUUCCAAGUAUUCAAGCCGAUCAGAUUGAGAGACUAGCAAACUGGCAAAUACCACCAACAAGGAAAUCAGGAGGCUACAAACACUCCACAUUAAGUUUGGAUCAAGAAAAACUUCUUGCUGUCAGUGGACAUCCAAAAGAUGUGGAAAUAGUCAGAAGUGACAAGCCACCAUUUUUGUUGAUCUUUAGACAGAUUUUCAAGCUUGGUUCAUCAGUGGCCUUUGUGUUCUUUGUAACAUUAGCAGCAUUUCCUUCCCUGACAUCAAGAAUAAGAUCUGUCAAUGAUGGCGACAAAACAGUUUGGACAAGUACCUAUUUUGUGCCAGUUACCUGCUUUCUAUUGUUCAAUGUUGGUGACUUCUGUGGCAGACUGGCAGCAUCUUUUGUACAGUGGCCUGGUAAAGAUGGUGUGCUUCUUCCGCUCCUCUGCUUCUUGAGAGUUGUAUUUCUUCCUUUGUUUGCAUUUUGUAAUGCACAGCCAAGAGAGCAUUCUUCAGUAUUUUUUCAUGAAGAUUACUUCCCCAUUCUGUUCAUGGUGCUGUUUGCCAUCUCAAAUGGUUAUUUGGGAAGCUUGUGCAUGAUGUACGGACCAUCCACAGUGGAGCCAAAACAUGCAGAGACAGCAGGCACUAUGAUGGCCUUCAUGUUGAUCAUUGGCUUAGGAAUGGGAGCAGGAUUUUCAUUUGUUAUCACCAUGUUUCUCUAACAGGACUUUCAAACUGCUCACUAAUCACUUCUUCCUGGAGUCCUGUGUCUAGCACCUUAGGGAGGCUAAGCUGGGGUGUACACUUAGAAGCAGUUCUGCAGCAGUGAUUGCAAUGGAAUUUACAGAAACUUCUGGGCUUGCUUCCCCGUGUGGAUCACAGAGUUAUUCAUAUGUGUUCUGAAAUCAGCUGUAGUGUGAAUUGGUUGACAGUAUAAGCUGCAGUUUUAUCCAGUUGAUUCACAAGUUGGUGGUGUGAGGACCACUCAGUGCAAUUGAAACCUGGAAAUAAACGUUAAAGUUAAUGAAAACGAACAUUGUUAAUAACAGCCAAAACAAUUAUAUAAAAUUUUCAGAUCAUCAUGGUUUGAUGCCAAAAACGUACAGUCAAACCUCUUAAACAUAGACACACGGGUUUCAUCAACAUUUUCAGCAAGAGGGCAACUGGUUUUCACAGGUGGGAAAAACUUUUUGAACUGAACUUCUUAAUAAGAAAAACUUUCCUUUGGAGGGUCAAACCAGACAGACAAAAUCAUCCUCACAGCCGGCCAAUUUGCACAGUGCCCGGCCCUUAAUGAAACCCUUGGUCUAAGAGACACCAAAUGACCCGAGGUGGAACAUUUGUCUUCUGGAGGUAUGCAUAUUUUAGAGGACUUACCGUAAUAUGAAUUCUAGUUUCUCUGGGACAGCAUGAACUGUCGGUGUAUAGAGGUGUCUGUAUAAUAACUGUCUGCAAAGAGAGGUUUGACUGUAAUGCUUAAAAAUAAGCAAUAUAUUUAUGAAAGAAGGUUGAAUCCCUAAUUUACUUUAGUGUCAGAAGCGUCUUCCACAUUGGAAGACUUAUUUUGUGGGUUAGAGGUUAUAGCAUUGGUAUGGUGUCAGUGUGAUGUUUGGUAAAAUGCUGAAAUUUUAAGAAAGCUUAAAGACUUCAAUAUUUAAGAAAUAGAAUAAACAUGUACUGGGUUUCUAUCAAGUUAU